AUGGAAAAUUCAGGUUUAAUUGAUCAAAUAGAUCUCAAUCAGAGUAUUGAACCAUAUAGUAUAGACAACCUAUAUCACUCGACGACGACGAACAACAUUGAAGCAAUCGACGACGAAAAUCAUCAAGAUUCACUGAUAAUAGAUCUCAAUAAUACACCAACUGUUGAAGGUAAUAUGGUUCUGUUUCAUGAUAAGAUAGAAAAUCAAUUUGGCGAGCAAUAUCCUACUUCAUUUGUUUCAAGUGAUGAAUCUAAUUCAGCUGUCAUUCCAGGUUCAAUUAGCCAAUCACUGAAUAAACAUGAAAUUGGAGGAGUUUUACUUGGACAAGUAAGAUCAACAUUGGAUGAUAUACAUGAGCUAUAUUGUCAGCAUGCUGCUAUAGUAGGAUUCAGUGUUAGAAAAUCCAAAAACAGAAAAAAGAAGGGACAUCAGUUGUGCAUCAAAAGUACUAUGUCUGCUCUGCUCAAGGGAAAAGAAAUACCAAAAUCAAAGAAAAACAGAGCAAGGAUGAACACUGAAGGACAUUAUGAAAUUGUGCAGCAUGUUAUAAAACACAAUCAUCCACUUACUAGAGAACCAUUAAAUUACCUUCAUAGAUCUGAGCGUCAGAUGAGUGAUCCAAAGAAACAAACCAUACAAGCUAUGCAAGAGUGUGGGCUGAGGCCAAUAGAUUCAUUCCGAUAUAUGAGUACAGAAGCAGGUGGUGAAGAUGUAUUGGGUCAUUCCAUGAAGGACCACUUCAACUGCUAUUAUAAACUCAAAAUAAAACCAAUUGAGGGAAAGGAUUCACAAAAAGUUGUUGAUAACCUUUAUGAGCAGAUGCAAACAGAUAGUAACUUCUUCUUUAGAGUAAGAUUGAAUGAUGAAGGAAAGGACAAACAAGUAUUAAUAUUUUGUGCACCAUUUGUAGGAAUUAAUAACCAUUGGAAAAACACAAUGUUUGCAUGUGCAUUUCUUGCAGAUGAGACAAUACCAUCAUUUGAAUGGCUUUUUGAAACAUUCAAGAAGUCAAUGAAAGGUAAAUGUCCAAUAACUAUAUUCAGCGACCAAGAUGCUGCAAUUGCAGGAGCAAUAAAAAAGGCUUUCCCAACAUCAAGACACAGGCUAUGUUUAUGGCAUUUGAGUCAAAAUGCAAACCAACAAUUUGGAUUGAUGAAAGCUGAUAAGGAAUUCAAGAACAUUUUUCACAAGUGUCUCAGUGGUUGCAUUAAAACAACAGAAUUUGAACAAAAUUGGACCACAAUGACAACAAAAUACAAACUAGAAGAUGAUCGCUGGUUCAACAGAUUGUAUAGUUUGAAAGAAAAAUGGUGUACAACAUUUAGCAAAGACUUCUUCUCUGCUGGAAUACUGUCUUCACAGAGAAGUGAAAGCGCAAACCAUGCUAUUGGGUUUAAGGCAAGCAAAACCACUAGCUUAAGUGACUUCUUUUCAAUAUUCCAACAGACAGUAAUAAGGUGGAGAAGACAGGAAGAAAGGGAUGAUUUUGACUGUACAAAAGGAAUACCAAAAUCAGAUCUCUGCAUGAGUCCACUAUUAAAACAUGCUGCUUUAGUGUACACACAUACUCUUUUCAGAGAUUUUGAGGAUGAAUUCAAACAUGCAAUGGCAAGUGCAAUUGAACUAGUUAGUACACAAGGGAACACUGUGACAUAUAGAGUUUUCCUCAAUGGCAUUGAUGGUUCUUCUCAACAAGUCUCAUUCAAUUACCCAGAGAUGACAAUUGAGUGUGGAUGCAGAAAUUUUCAAGAAUCAGAACCAGCUAGAGCAGUGAUAGAGGAAAGUUUCAAGAAAACAAAUUCAAGAAUUGAAGAAUUAAUAAAGAUAGAAGAAGCAAAAACAUCAGCAGAAAAAGCUAAAGCUCAUGGAAAGCAUUACAAGAAGCAGCUGCAGCAUUACAAGCUAAUGAGAGUCAGAAAACAACGCACAAGAAUCACCACCAAUACCAACAGUUUGGAUCCAGAUAGAGCAGUCACAAAAGGAAGAGCAACAAGCGAAUAA